GCCGAGAUCGGAGUGAGUGUUUGCCCGGGCGAGCCGGGUGUCGGGUGUGCUGUGUACGAUUGUCGCGAUAUUCGUCCGUUCUGGCGUCCACCGGAAGAUUGCCACCCGCGGCUGGCAGCAGCAGAAAAAGAGGAGGGUUGAGACACGAGAACGGGCUCUCGACUUCUUCGUCCUCGGCAGCCGGCGACGGGAAUCGACGGUCCGAUCGCAGAGUCUCAAUCUCCCAAAGGAUCUUAAAGAGGAACGGAGCUCGUCGUGGAGCGAAUCGGCAACGUCAGGAUGAGCCUGGAAACGUUGCUGGAAGCAGCGCGGUUCGUCGAGCAGCAGGAGAAAAAGAGGGAGCGCCUCGCAAGCAGCUCUUCCUCCUCCUCCGAUCAUCCGCUCGCUGUAGCUCCCCACUCCAACCAUCACAACUCCAACGAGCCACGUGGUGCCAAAUUAAAGAGGGAACGUACAGAGCAAGAUGACUUAUUCUGCGAGGAGAAGAUGCUCAUUAUCGACGAGGAGGAACCGCUGGAAAAUAAUAGGACGAACGGGAAUCACUCGGCAGGUUCCCGAGGAAGUCCCGUGAUCUCAAGCACGCGAGUAACGCCACCCUCUGCGAGCGCAAACUCGGCUCAUCUGACCGCCCUUCACUCCACGACUCACCACCUCCCUCACCACCAGCAGCAGCAACAGCAACAGCAGCCGCCCCAGCAACAGCAGCAUCACCAUCACCAUCAUCAUCACAACAAUCACAACAGCACGCAUAACCCUUACGUGGAAAAUCAUAAUUCGAAUCACUCGCAGCAGAACCCCGGCAAUCUCGUCGUCGACGUCGAACCGAGCCACGACAGUAAGAGGCAUCGGAACGGACCGUGUGUAAUCCGUUCUGGCACCAGAGAGGUGCACAACAAAUUGGAGAAAAAUCGAAGGGCGCACCUGAAAGAAUGCUUCGAAUUGUUGAAGAAGCAACUCCCAUCGCAGGAGGAGAAAAAGUCGUCGAACCUUUCGAUUCUCCACGCUGCGAUCAGGCAUAUACAGAUUUUGAGAAGGAAAGAACGAGAUUACGAACACGAGAUGGAAAGGCUUGCCAGAGAAAAAAUUGCUGCUCAACAAAAAUUAAUAGCUUUGAAGAAGGAACUCGCGGCUACCUGGGAGCACAUUGAUUUUAAUACUUUUUUAUCGGAACCGAAUUCAGCUGCUGAUGUAACGGCCACGAGAAGUGUUUCAGAAAACAUGGAGGUCGACGUGACUGGGCUAGCUCGGGGUGGUACGAGGUACAGCAGUACCAGCAGUCUGAGCAGCGCAGCCACGGCCAGUUCACCGCAGACACUUCAGACCACUAGCACGGCUUCCAAUAUUCACAAUCAGGUUGCCACAGCGGCUGUUGUUUGCCAGACGCAGGGUAUGAAUCUUGCGCCAAGUUCCAGGGAAAGUCCACCCGCGAGUUCGAGUCCUGGGACGCCCGCACCUAGCAUUCCUACUCCGGCACAGGAGAAAGUUAACACUUCGCCAACGGGUAUAGUGCAGCAACCGCACCAGCUGCACUUGCCGAUCAGCGCUCAGAUACUAAACACGAGUCAGGGUUUGCCGACGAUCGUUCCGACACUUCAGCACAUCGGGCCGAGCCUGAGGGUGAUACCUGGCGACACGAGGCAACUGCUGGUCACUCACACCGCUGGCAAUAACGAGUCCAGGCCGCUCACGUUGGCCGUGCAAAACUCGUCGGAUCAAUCGAGGCCGCUCAUCGCCGUGCAAUCGAACACUGGAAGUGAGCCAAGGCCCGUAGCGCUGGUCGUUCACUCGUCCACGGCCAACGACAACAGGGUAACGUUCGUGCAUUCUAAUCUGUCCAACAACGACAGGCCGUUGGCCCUAGCCGUGCAGUCGACCGCCAGUGACGUCAGGCCAGUUACAUUCGUGCACUCGGGAAACGAGGGAAGGCCGUUAGUUCUCGCUACGCAUUCUCCUGCACUGAAUGUGUCGAACGCUCAAACGAGGAUAAGAGCGGGAGAUGCUCAGACCACGCAUAAAAUGGUUGGCGGUGUGGCAUUGGUAGGCGGAAAUGGAUCGGAGUUGACUAGACUUCCCGGUGGCGCUGAAUUGAAUAUACUCCCAGCAAAUGGAUUGACGCUGAGCCACGCAGGAGUGUCGCUUCAAACCACAACAGGUAAACCAGGCUCGACAGUGAUGCAGAACGCUCCGUCCACAGAGGGUAUAGCUCACAUCGUUGGUUCGCACACACCCCUUUCCGGCUUGACGCCGAUCGUCACGCCGAUGACCGUUGUCUCGCAAGGGAAUCAAGUGACUGCUCAUAUCCUAGCCCCCUCUAGCCUUGCGGGGAAAGUGAUCACAACCCCGAUCCUCAAAUCCGUGGCACAAAUGCCGAUCGUGAACGCUCAGUAUAUCAACACCACUACCCUGGUGAAGCCUGUUGUUGUCGUCAGCUCACCGUCAACAUCCACACCACAGUCGACGACGGCUUCCAGUACACAACCUUCCUCGACCACACACUCGACCGUCUGACAGAAUCAAAAGAAAGUGAAGCUAGCUUGAGAAAUGGCUACCGCUUGGUGUAUCGAAGCACGGAGUCGCAGAGAUUACGAUAGAUCGGUGUUUAAUCAACACGUGUCCACGUUCCGUUAUUAUUUAACGCGUUUCGCGUGUAUAGCACCGACUACUAUACACGAUCGAUUCAACGCGUCGAUGGAAGAUAACGUAGAGAUGGCAGACCAGAUUGGCAGAAGAGAUACAGAUGUGAGAAUUCUGUCCGUCAUGCUAUUCCCGACAUCGAAGGAGAAUUUCCUAUUUUUUAAAACUUCACUUGCGUUCCUUCGUGUUUUGAAUUUCGAAUGUUUAUGCUCUUCCAAAGAGUGAGACGACUGAGACGUGAAGGUGUUAAAAAUGCCGUUGCUCAACUUGUGCGAUUGUGCAUGGUACCUCGAAUGCUUCAGAGAAGUACUUAUCGAAGGCAAAUCUUGCUCGGAAAUUGAACGAACGCGGGAAACGUCACGGAAAUUAACGCUAUAAGGCAGCUCGAAACGAAAAUCAUUUUCUUCGUGUUAUCCGGAAGCAACAGGAAGGAAAUUGUAGGACGGUGUAUGUGAUGAAAUUUCUCAAUGGGAGCAUUUAAUGUUUGCAAAUUCAAAAUUUCUACCGUUCAAAUUGUCUUUUCUUCAUUUCAAACGACAAGGUCAUGGAAUAUAGAACAGUCUAUGAUUGUUUUCGUUAUGUUAUCUGUCAAGACAUAUUUUUCGGGAAUGAUUUUAAAUUGUAUACAUCAUCAUGUAUAUGCAUGUAUAUUAUCACGUUAUGAAUGAAUUGCAUUGACAGAUAAAAUCAUUUGA